AACUCAUUCCCUCCAGGCCAAGGAUUAAAAACUGCUCGAGCAAGGGUGAGGCUGACAGCAGACCCUGAAAACCAAGCUGCACUCGACCCCCGAAGUGAGGAGAAGCUGUAAGGGAAAGGGAGGGACAGAACAGGGAGAGAGGGGAAGAAGGAGGGGCAGCCAAGUAGGCUGCUGUCCCCCCACAGAGCCAGCUCAGACUCGGCUCUAGGAGCAACCCAGCUGCAGAGGCAACGGCAGCACCACUCCUCCAGCAAAGAACAGCAGGCAGACAGACAGACAGAGGUCCCGGGACUGGAAGGCCUCAGGCCUCAGCCGCUCAGCCAGGCCUGGCCCCAUGGCCUUCAAUGACCUCCUGCAGCAGGUGGGGGGCGUUGGCCGCUUCCAACAGAUCCAGGUCACCCUGGUGGUCCUCCCCCUGCUCCUCAUGGCCUCCCACAACACCCUGCAGAACUUCACCGCCGCUGUCCCCACACACCACUGCCGCCCACCUGCCCACACCAACCUCAGCGAGCACAGGGGCCUGGAGGCCUGGCUGCCCCGGGACCAGCAGGGACGGCGUGAGUCCUGCCUCCGCUUCACCUCCCCCAAGUGGGGACCGCCUUUUCCCAAUGGCACAGAGGCCAAUGGCACGGGGGUCACAGAGCCCUGCAUCAAUGGCUGGAUCUAUGACAACAGCACCUUCCCGUCCACCAUCGUGACUGAGUGGGACCUCGUGUGCUCUCACAGAGCCUUACGCCAGCUGGGCCAGUCCUUGUACAUGGUGGGGGUGCUGCUCGGAGCCAUGAUAUUCGGCUACCUGGCAGACAGGCUGGGCCGUCGGAAGAUGCUGAUCUUGAACUACUUGCAGACAGCCGUGUCAGGGACCUGCACAGCCUUCGCACCCAACUUUCCUGUCUACUGUGCUUUCCGGCUCCUCUCGGGAAUGUCUGUGGCUGGCAUCGCCCUCAACUGCAUGACACUGAAUGUGGAGUGGAUGCCUAUCCACACGCGGGCCUGUGUGGGCACCUCGAUUGGCUAUGUCUACAGCCUGGGCCAGUUCCUCCUGGCUGGCGUGGCCUAUGCUGUGCCCCACUGGCGCCACCUGCAGUUGCUGGUCUCCGUGCCUUUUUUCGCCUUCUUCGUCUACUCCUGGUUCUUCAUCGAGUCAGCCCGCUGGCACGCCUCAUCUGGGAGGCUGGACCUUACCCUGAAGGCCCUACAGAGAGUGGCCAGGAUCAAUGGAAAGCGGGAAGAGGGGACCAAACUGAGUAUGGAGGUGCUCCGGGCCAGCCUGCAGAAGGAGCUAACCAUGGGCAAAGGCCAGGCCUCAGCCAUCGAGCUGCUGCGCUGCCCCACCCUCCGCCACCUCUUCCUCUGCCUCUCCAUGCUGUGGUUUGCCACUAGCUUUGCAUACUACGGGCUGGUCAUGGACCUGCAGAACUUUGGAGUCAGCAUCUACCUAAUCCAGGUGAUCUUUGGUGCCGUGGACCUGCCUGCCAAGCUUGUGGGCUUCCUUGUCAUCAACUCACUGGGUCGCCGGCCUGCCCAGAUGUCCGCACUGCUGCUGGCCGGCAUCUGCAUCCUGGUCAAUGGGGUGGUACCCCAGGACCAGUUCAUUGUCCGAACAUCCCUUGCUGUGCUGGGGAAGGGCUGCCUGGCUGCUUCCUUCAACUGCAUCUUCCUGUAUACUGGGGAGCUGUACCCCACGAUGAUCCGGCAGACAGGCAUGGGAAUGGGCAGCACUAUGGCCCGAGUGGGCAGCAUCGUCAGCCCCCUAGUGAGCAUGACCGCCGAGCUCUACCCCUCCAUGCCUCUCUUCAUCUACGGCGCUAUUCCCGUGGCUGCCAGCGCUGUGACUGCCCUCCUGCCAGAGACCCUGGGCCAGCCACUGCCAGACACGGUACAGGACCUGGAGAGCAGGAAAGGGAAACUGAGUCAACAGCAACAAGAGCAGCAGAAGCAUAUGGUCCCACUCCAGGCCUCAGCACGAGAGAAGAAUGGAUUCUGAGGACUGAGAAGGGGACUUACCGAACCCUAAAGGGAGUGAGGGUCCUACAGGUCCUGGGGCCAUCCACACAAGGAGGGGAAGGGGAGAUGGCAGCCCAAGUGUGGGGGCUGUGGUUCAGGGAAGCAUAACCCCAGUGGUCCCCCCCCGCGAAUAGACUCCACCAAGACCACAUCAUUAAAAGAUAUGACUG